CGGUGGGUCGGUGGGUGGGUGGGCCGGGCCCCCCUCCGCGCUUCCGGUCCGCCGAGCCGCAGCAACGGCAGCCGCCGCCUGAGGAAGGUUUUGGAACAACAUCAGACAACUUUGGUUUUGCUGACAACUAGAAGAAAUUAAAAAUGUCCAAAAUAACUACAGAACUUUUGUUGGAAAGAGCCGUGCCCAAAUCUACAAGGCUGCGAAAAAUCAAAACUCUGAACUUGUCCAGAUUGCAAAUAACAACAGAAGACUUGGAACCCCAGUUAUUUUCUCACCUCCGCCACCUCCAAGAACUUGACCUCUCUGACAAUGUGCUGGAGCGGCUGCCUGACAACCUCAGUCUGCCAAAUCUCCGCGUCUUAAACUGCGACAACAACCACCUGGAAGAUGUGACAGCCCUGCAGCAGUUCCCGCAGCUGGAGGAGCUGACUUAUGUGAACAAUGUAUACCUGACACCCAACGAUGACUAUAAAGUCAUGUUUCUACUCCAAAAUCUCCGGCAAUUGAAUGGCAAGGACAUCACCAAGCUGGCCAAUCACGUGAGAGUUAUCAAUAGCCGAGAGCUGACCAGUAGGGUCUCUGCUCACUGGGGGAAAAAUUUCCGGAAUCAGUUACCGAAAGCAUUAUCUCCCGAGCAGUUGAAAUCAAUCAGGAAAAAGUUCAUCAGGUCUGCACAAACCCAUGUCGCAUACGGACCCAGCUCUCUCAGCGAGUUCACCCGAUGGAGGGUGAAAAUGAUUGCAGAGGAAUUUUUGACUUCACUGAUAAAUCAGGAAGAUAAGCCCGCUUCUGAAAUGGGAGAAACAAUGGAGGAGGAGGAGGAGGAGGAGGAAGAUGAUGACGAUGACGAUGACGACAAUGAAGAGGAGAAGGAGGAGGAAGAGGAAGAAGAGGAAGAGGAAGACAAGGAAGAAGAAACUAUGGAAAAUACUGCAGAGACAGAAAAAAAGGUCACUGCUAAGGGUGCAGUAACCCCCAGCAAAAGGAAAGGAGUUCGUUCCAAAGAAGCAGUGGUGAGCAAGAGAUCCCGUUCCCGGAACAGUUCCAAGGAGGAAGCCUCUCCCAGCCCCAAGAAGCCCAGCCGCCUGCAGGAUGAGCGCAGUCCUGAAGGGGCGAGAACAUCUCGCCCGCCGGCCAAGGAAUCCCAGGCCGCUCAGGAUCCCGAAGGGGCCCAUCGGAACGGAGGGCGCAUUCCAAAAGCACAAAGCCACAAAAGGUCCGGCCAGCAGAAAGAGGAGCACAAAGAGGCAGAGGAGGAUGAAAGAGAAGCUUGUAGCACCCCUGUCAAGGACUUGGAAGGCGAGGAGACAAUCAAUUUGGAGCCUGUCCAUUUUCUACAGUGUCAUAGCAAAGGCAACAACAGAGAUGACUUCAAGACCCAGUUAUGGGCCUGUGUCUUCGAGCCACCGCUGGAUUGCGGGACAAGAAAAGACCCUGUGGUGAGCUCAUCCAGGACAGCAGCUACUUGUGGAGGGGACUCCGUUUGUUUGGUUGACUGUGAAACAGGCAUCGUCUUGAAAAAGUACAAGGUAGCGGGUGAGGAGUUUUACACGGUUGCGUGGACAACCCUGACCAUGGUGACGAGCGAAGGGAGAAAGAAAAGGCACAACGUCCUGGCCGCUGCUGGGAGACGAGGAAUUGUGAAGCUAAUUCACGUGACUGCUGAUUACUGCUAUGGAGAAAUCAAGGCUCACAAGAAGCCUAUUGCUACUGCCUGCUUCAGUCCAACCAGUGAGACGCAUCUUUUCACUGCAUCCUAUGACAAGAAAAUAUGUGUGUGGGACAUUGGCGUUCCUGACUGUGACUAUAAUUUCAAAGAAAGGCAGCUGAUGGUGCUGGAGACGAUUGCCACGCCUUUGAGAAUCGCCCUUGUGCCCUCCUGCCCGGACCGAUAUUUGGUGGCAGGUUGUGAGGAAGGCUGCUUUGCCUGGGAUAUUAGACUGGACGAUAAGCUGCAGAAAAACAGAGCUUUUGAAGUGGAGUUUCAGUUCCCAGAUGACAAGGGAAACGAGACGUCUUCCCACCGGGUGGAUGGCCUGGCCUUUUUGAAUGAAGACAUUGUGGUUACCAAGAGUUCUAAGACGGGAUCCAUAAACCUCUGGAGCUGGAGCCGUUCUUUCAAACAAGGGAAGGGGGGCAGGAGGACAGUGCAGGCUGUCAUUCUGGCUGAACUGGAGUGGUCCUCAACGGAUUUGCCUUACCUCACCCUCAGCACGUGCCCGACAGAAGAGUAUGUGUUCUGUGGUGAUGAGAAAGGAAGCGUCUGGAUGUAUGACCUCAGCAACCACUUGUCUGCCCUGAGUGCCACCAAGGAAGAUAGUUCAACCAAGAGAAUAGGCCCUUCACAGGUCCUGAACUGGCCGGAACUGAAGGCAAACGGUGAGCUGCUGACAGAUGUCUUGGUGAACAACGUGGUCACGGAUCCCACCUUCACGUACCUGGUCGCUCUGACCGACGUAAACAUUGCCGCGAUAUGGAAGAAAGCCUAGCUGUGCCGACGUGGCCCUAAGAGAGGAGCCCCAUUUUUUUUCUCCAUCCACGUUUCAGUAGUGCAGUAUUUGUGACCGUUCUGAGAAUAAUCAGAGUGGGGUGGGGGGGAAUUUUAAGUUCAUGUGUAUCAAUGCAAAAGGAAAAAAAAAAACCAACCCGAGGGGUUGGUUAGAACGUCGUGGUGUCAUUGCCAAUACCCACAUCUCUUUACUGUGACUUUGCUUUAUUGGUGUUCUAAGUGUAUUUGUUUUAUAGGAGGACAGUAUUUAAUAAAACUUGAUACGAGACAACUGAA